CAGAGCAGAGAAGAGCGAGCUGGGGAGAGCAAGACGAGUUUGAAGGGGAGGACCGGUGCGAGUUAGGCAGCCCCCGAGGCUCUGCUCGCCCACCGCCCUUCCCUUCCUCUCUUCUCCUCCAGCUUCUCUCUCUGCCCUCAUCUUUUCCCCGAAAACCCCCGAUUUUGCCAAAGGAAGGAGGUAAGGGGAACCCACACCCCUCCCCCUCCGAAAAAAUAAAAUAAAACUUUUCCAGUCGGAGAAAUCAGGAGAAGGAGUCGCCCGGCUGGCCAUGGAGCUGCUGUGCUGCGAAGUGGACCCUGUCCGCAGGGCCGUGCCGGACCGCAACCUGCUGGACGACCGCGUCCUGCAGAAUUUGCUCACCAUCGAGGAGCGCUACCUUCCACAGUGCUCUUACUUCAAGUGCGUUCAGAAGGAUAUCCAGCCAUAUAUGCGCAGGAUGGUGGCUACCUGGAUGCUGGAGGUUUGUGAGGAACAGAAGUGUGAAGAGGAAGUCUUCCCUUUGGCCAUGAAUUACCUGGACCGUUUCUUGGCUGGGGUUCCCACUCCGAAGACCCAUCUGCAGCUUCUGGGUGCUGUUUGCAUGUUCCUGGCCUCCAAGCUCAAAGAAACUAUCCCGCUGACUGCGGAAAAGUUGUGCAUUUACACCGACAAUUCCAUCAAGCCCCAGGAGCUGCUGGAGUGGGAACUGGUGGUGUUGGGCAAAUUGAAGUGGAAUCUGGCUGCUGUCACCCCUCAUGACUUCAUUGAGCAUAUCCUGCGCAAGCUGCCCCAGCAGAGGGAGAAGUUGUCUCUGAUCCGCAAACAUGCCCAGACUUUCAUCGCUCUGUGUGCCACUGACUUUAAGUUCGCCAUGUAUCCACCAUCGAUGAUUGCAACUGGAAGUGUGGGAGCAGCCAUCUGUGGGCUUCAGCAGGACGAGGAAGUGAGCUCUCUGACUUGUGAUGCCCUGACCGAGCUGCUGGCCAAGAUCACCAACACAGAUGUGGAUUGUCUCAAAGCCUGCCAGGAGCAGAUCGAGGCUGUGCUGCUCAAUAGCCUGCAGCAGUUCCGUCAGGAACAGCGUGAUGGAUCCAAGUCAGAGGAUGAACUGGACCAAGCCACCACCCCUACGGAUGUGCGGGACAUCGACCUGUGAGGCUGCCGUUCGGGCCCAGGGAGAGAGGCGCAUCCAUCACCUGCUCUCUCCUUCUCUCUGGUUAUGUUUUGUUCUUUGUGUUUUAGGAUAAAAUUAUGCCCCCACCUAGAUCACAUUUAAAGAUCUUUUAGAAGUGAGAGAAAAAGGUCCUAUAAAAACGGAAUAAUUAAAAGCAUUUGGUGCCUAUUCAAAGUACAACAUAAGGGAAUCCCUUGUAUAUGCGAAGUUAUCAUUUGAUUAUGUAAAAGCAAUAGUAAAAUGCUUACAGGAAAACCUACAGAGUAGCUAGAGAAUAUGUACGCCUGCAACAUGGGAACAAAUUAGAGGAGACUCUGUUUUACAUGUUAUGAACUAGUGCAUAUGCCCCUUUUAGUUAUAAUUGCAAGGAACUGUGUACGCCAUUUAUGGCAUGAUUAGAUUGCGAAGCAACAAACUCAAGAAGGAAUUAGAAACAAGGAGGGACAUGACGGGGAGGGGGUACCACGCAACCUGUCAACACGAUUGGACCAUUUUGGAGGUAGAAGCACCUUCACGCCUAACCACAUGUUCCUAAAACAGGAGCCAUGUUGGAUCUCUAUGUUACCUACUCUUACCUACAGUAGCUGCUACCUAAAAAAGAUGUUGGGUUUUGCCAGUUGGACACAGGUGACUGACUCCUGGGUUUCAUGUUUGGUGACUUCCUGCUUCUUCUUCCAAACAUGGUUCAUUGCAGACACCACCAUAUUGUUAUCUAAUGGGGAAAUUUAGCUAUGGUCCAUAACCAAAACUCAUCUGAAAUGGAGGCAGAUGGAGACCAAGGGCGGGAUCUAGAAUGGAAUCUUCUCUUGCAUGGAAGAGGGUGAGAUGACCUUGGCAUCCCUUAUUAGGAAAAAAAACUAAUUUUUGGUGCUGAUUGGCAUGUCUGUUCCACAGUUUAGCAUUGUUAUAAACCAUUCCAUUCGAAAAGCACUUUGAAAAUUUGUUCCCGAGGGAUAGAUGGGAUGGUUUAUGCAAAUCGUGCUGAAUACUCCUUCCCUCUUCUCUUUUUGCCCAUUCCCUUCCUGCCCCAAGUCUGGUUACUCUUUACUUCUGGAAUCUGGCAUUCUCUGGUACAUAGUUCUGGUACCCCUGGCCAGGGCUCAAGAGACAACCUGUUCUGCUAAUAUUCCCAUCACACCAUUCCUCAGAAAAGCCUAAAAUCAAAGGUCUGUUACCAUUUUGAUGGCGUAGAAGGAUCUUAAUUCCCAUCUAUAUACUUCUCCUUUGGACAUAAAAAGUUAUUGCUGGUGCAAAGACAGACGGCCAAACAUCAGGGUGUGGCAUUUUGUUCCCUUUUCCGUUUUUUGUUAAUUUUAUUGCAAAGUUGUAUUCAGUGUACUUGAAUUUCCUCCCCUCCACUUCUUAGAGGCAUUUCAGUUAGCAGAGGGUUUUUUUUUUUUUUUUUUUUUUUUUUGCACAAUUGUAAUUGACAGGUAAUGAAGCUAUUUGUUUAAAGAUUUGCCUUUUUUUAAGUAAAAAAAAAAAAAACAAAUCAGAACAGGGCUACUUUGAAGAAUUAUGUGCAGAUUCUGCCUUGUUUCAUAGAAUGAGGGUUGAAGAUGGAGAAUCAUCUAAGGGUCUCUUAUCUUUUGUUUUGUUUUGUUCAGUUUAUUAUUAUUUUUUUUUGCGCUGCUAAAAAGCUAAGAUCAUUCAUCCUAUUCACAUUAACAGUACCUAGCUGUAAUGUUUCACAGAGUGUGCUGCUAUUUUAUAAACAUUUUUAUAAUAUAUUAUUUUACUGCUUAAAUUCCAAGUCCUGAAGUAGGUGGUUGAGAUAUGAGUUCUUCGUACUGGAAAAGCCCUUCCAUAGUUCGUUUUCUUCUGGUAGCAUAUUCAUGGUUGGUUUUUUUUUUUUUUUUUUUUUUUUUUUUUUCCUUUUUGGUUUUUCGGUUUUGUUUUGUUUUGUUUCCUCUGAUCACAUUCUUCAAAGACAGAGUAUUCUUUACCUCAGGUUUACUGGACAAAAUCAAUAAGUACAAAGGACAAUGAUUCAUAGUUUUUGUUUUCAUAAUACCUCACAACCGUACAGUUUCUGCUUGGGAGCCCACUCCAGUGAGGAAUAGAGCGGGGCUGGAGGGGCAGUACGCCCCUUCAGGAAGGCAGGGGAGAUUUGGCCCCCAGUCUCACACCUGGGGACGUUUUCAGUCAUGAAGGUCAUCAGGCUCCCAUUUUGACUCCGGUAUCCUCAUCAUGAUGGAAAAAAUACAUUGAACCAAGGGAUCCUCCCUCCCUCCCCUCAAGGCAGACAUUCAACACGAACAUUCAUGCAAUGGACUAAGAACUCUUGGUUCCCACAUGGCACCAGGUGUCAGGAAACAAAAAGAAUUCCAGCAGGCUGUUUGGAGAUCCUCUUCUUGUAGCCCUUUCAGAAGCAGGGCCUUUGUCUGCUUAGGCCCCUUCAUCUGGGAAGUUUCCCACUUCCUCCUCUAUCUUUCCCCUUCCCUGACAUGGACACCCCAGGUUUAGAAUAGUCUCUGUGGUUCUCCACGGUCUGAAUCUGUGGGUGGAUGAGUCUGCAGCGGGCAGUAUCUGUGGUGCUUCUUUCUCUCACCUCUGUCCUGGACUGCGGCAGGUGAGCUCUGUGCAGGACCAGGUCCUCUCCCCACGUGGCACUAAAUAAAUGGUUUGCAGGUUUUGGAUCACAUUGAAAUGGCAUGAUGGGAAAAACGGGUAUGAUGAGUAAGGGCUGGAAGUUGAAAGGAGGCAAGGGGGCUGCUUCUCUGUAGAGAUGAAGUUCCAGAUGAGCUGGUUUCGGGAAGUGUGUUGUGGAGGGUUCAGGAUUUUGUGUUAAUGCAACCCUGAAAUGAUAGGGAAUUUCUGGUGGUCAGCGGGUGGUAAAUUCAGAAGUUCUGGAGAGGAAAGGUGAGCAGCCAGUAGCUAGCCAAGUGUUUGAUGGGGAGCUGCCGCACAGAACCAGGAGGCAUGAUGCCUAGAGUUCUUGGGAGAUUUGAAGCCCAAUGAGAAAACAAGGUGCAUCUUCAUUUAACAGUGACCAAACCUUGGUCUUAAACAAAGCAGUAAAUGAAAGAACCUGACAGAUAAGGAAGGAACAGGCCACUAGACUCUACCCACAGUCUGUAACUGUCCACUUUUCCAGGAGCCCAGGUGACACUGGAUGCUUCUAAGCUUUCCCCCUUUCCCAUCCUUGGGGCCUACUGUGAUAGUAGGUAUGGGGCUCUUUGGCUUUUCUGCCAGCUCCCUGCUAACACAAAGAAGGAAUCCUGGAUGCAUUUGAGUAACUGAUACCUUCUCCUUGGAUCUUGAUCUCCUUGGUAGGAGUUUUUGUCCCAGAGGGGUUCAAUUCUCCCCAUGGAUUGAUUUGAACUUACUCCCCACCCCCUUUUCUUUCUCUCUUUCUCACCACCCAAUAAAGGGAUUCCAAAUUUAUUCUUUUCCUACCUUGUUGUCUAUUCUUUAGUUUGUUUUUUCUCCAUCAGUGGGGGUUAAGUCGUUCCCCCAGCCUGCCAAAUUUUAAUCCUUUCCCUGUUUUGACCAAAUUGUAAGGGAAAGAGAUCUUAACAUGCCAAAAAAUAUAUGCUAAGCAUAAGAAAAUUCCAUGCAGGUUCAUAACAGCCAGGAAUCCUGCAGAACGCAAGGGGAGGUUCUCGGCUGAAUGUCCCAGGUGCUGAGAGGCAUGUACUCCUCCCAGAAGGGGCUGCUCUUAGAGGUUUCUUCAUUUUGAACUGCCCCAGAGCACGGCAAGUCUUGCAGCCAGGGUACCCUUGGUCUGCAUGCUCUACUGGAGGGUCUGUUCUGUCUUCGUCAGCCAGGUCCGGGGCAUACAUGGAGCUCCCCGAGCCUGCCUCCCUCUGCAUCCCUUUGCUAGCAGGGUAGAUGAUUCCUCAGGGGGAGCUCAGGAGCUUUCCUGCAGUCUCUCCAGGCUGAGCCUUGGGAGCUAUGGGACCGACCGGCGACAUUGGAUGACUUUCCAAUUAGGCAGGAUUGGAUGACUUUCUCAAAGAGGGCAGGGGAAUUUUCUCUCCAUGGGCCACAGAGGACAGGGCUGGGAGAAGAAAUACACUUGCACCUUAUGUCCUGUAAAUAUUAAUUUUCUAGUUCAAGAAGGUAAUAUUGGUAGUGUGGAAAUGGGAGGUAGGAGGAAGAAGGAAGUCUGAGUAAGCCGGUUAACUUCUAAGCCAAAAGGAUUCCUCUUUGUUUAUCUUUGAGACAGUCCAACCUUGGGAAUAGCUUUAAAAGGGAAAUUGAUGCCGAGACAGUAAAGUCCCCUUAAGCCAACAAACCCUCUGUAGGUAUAGGUUGAGCGCAGCUUCCACUGGUGCGGACUUGGAGCAGUUUUCAAGAGCUGCAGUGCAGUCAUCCACUUGUACAAAAUAGGGUAGGAAGAUCUGAGAGGAUGUUUAUUACUUUCCCAGACCAUGUGACUCUUGAUGAUUCUGGAUUCUAAACAACCCAGAAUAGUCACUUCAGCCAGAACUAUCUUCCUAUACUUGUGCGUCUCUGCUUUUAAACUUGGCUGGGCUAUCAGACCCUAUUCUUGGCUCAGGUUUUAAGAAGCCAUCAGCAAAUGUAUACAGCUACGCUGUAACUGCAGUGUGCAUCCUUUGCCUGCAGCUCACUUUGGGGAAAAAAGUGCCUUACUGACUGUAGCCAUUACAGUGUCCAAUAUAUUUUGACAGGUGCCUGUCCUUGAAAAAAAGUUUCUUUCUUAUUUUUAAUUGGUUUUAGUUCUUAUUGCUGGCAACUCUUACAUCCCCAGCAACUCCACCAGGCCAUUGGAUUUUUUCCAUUAUGUUCAUUACCCUUGUACCAUGUACCUCAGAUAUCUCUCUCUCUCUCUCUCUCUCUCUCUCUCUCUCUCUCUCUCUCUCUCUCUCUCAGAUAUAGUUUCUUGUCUUGGGUUAUUAUUUCUUCUUUUUUUAUUUGCUUUAAAAUGAGUGUGGUGCCAUAUCGAGUCAAUGUUAUUCUCUCACAGUGUACUCUAUAAGAGGUGUGGGUGUUUAUUUGGUCGGGAUGCUAGAAAGUGCUAAAGUAGCAUGAUCAGUGUGAACAAAAAAAGUGUUUUAGGAAGUAUGGAAAAAUGUAUUGGCUAUGAUGGUGACAUGAUACAAGUCAGCUUACCUUUUAAGAGGUCUUAUCUGUUCAGUGUUAAGUGAUUUUAAAAAGUAAUCUGUUCUUCUGACUAGUUUAAAGAUGGAUUUGAAGAUGGAUUUGAAAAUGGUUUUGGAUUUGAAAAUUAGGUUAUGCUAUUUGGACAAUAAACUCACCUUGACCUAAA